AUGAAACAAAAGAUAGCUCAUAAACAAACUAUAUUAAAGCUUGGCUGUUGGAACUGCAGCGGAAUAUAUGGAAGUUAUAUCUAUGUAAAGAAAUUACUGCGUGAAUUAGACAUCUUUGCAAUAUGCGAGCACUGGCUCUAUCCAGAUGAGCUAAUCUUUCUAGACAGCUUAAAUGACGACUUUCAGGUUUUCUCACAAAGUAGCUCAGAUAAUAAUCUGAAUGAACGUUGGAGAAGGGGACAAGGGGGUGUUUCUUUAUUUUUAAAGAAAAGUCUCAACGCACGCGUAUUUGAACACAUCAGUGAUCGAAUAAUUACGGCGUCUUUCAAGCUUGCGAACACAAAAGUCGUCGUUGUGGCAGUAUACUUUCCUUCAACAAACCGAAGCUUCGAUGAAUACAUGAAAACAUUAGAAACUUUAGAACAAAUCUGUCUGCAAUAUAAAAACAAUAAAACAAAUUUGAUUUUGCUUGGGGAUUUUAAUGCACAUAUCGAAGAAAAUAAAGUAGGCCAAAAAUGGAAUAAACGAGGCACGAAAUUGCAAUCGAUGUGUAAUAAACUCAAGUUGGUUCCCGUGAACUUAUCUCCAAUCUGUGACUCCCCAAAACUUACGUAUUUGUCACGCACAGGAAAUUCUAUCAUUGAUUAUAUAAUCUUGGAUAAGGACCUGGUGCAAUACAUGGAGUCUGUGCAAGUACUCAGUGAACAUCCGGAUAAUGUGGCCUAUCAUUUGCCAUUAACAAUCAAACUGUGCACAACAAUUACGGAAAAUUUCGAAAGAUCUAAGAAUGAAGUUAACCAAGAUUACAUGCAUGAAAACAUUUGUUGGAAAAAAUGUUCUGCUGACACACUAAAUAUCUACAAUUAUAACUUGUCAACUUCAGUAUCUGAAAUCCUGAACGACGAAUUGGACGAUGUAAAUAAUUUGUAUGAUGAACUUUGCAAUGCAAUUAAAAGCGCUGACGUUGUCUUACCGAGAGUUAAAUACAGAAAGCAUGUAAAGCCUUUCUGGAAUAGCACACUUAAAGACUUAAGAAAGGCAGUUAUGGCUGCAAGAUUGGAGUGGAUGCGGAAGGGAUCCCCAAGGUUCCCAGAGAAUAUUUACUACAUGCAAUACAAAAAAGCUAAAUGCAAAUAUAGAAGAGAACAGAGACGAUCAGCCUGGGAAUUUGAGAGAAAAGAAUUUGACGAAUUAGCUUAUUCAAACGAGAUAAAUCAGGAAAAAUUUUGGAGAUUGCUAAAUAACAGAGUACGUAAAAAAAAUAGGAAAAGCAAAAUAACAGUUUUGGAAAAGGAUACAAAGGUGUACAGUGAUCCACAGGUAGUAGCUGAUCUUUGGGCUGAUUAUUAUGAAAAAUUAGCGACACCCUCCAAAGAUAGACAAUUUGACGAAAUUAACGAGAGAGUUAUGGAAAUUUUACAAUGUUCGGAGUUUAAACAUGAUUAUAUAUUCAGUACCCCGAUAACCACUGAAGAAAUAGAUACAACUGUGAAGAGUUUACCAAAUGGCAAAGCACCUGGAAUCGAUGGAAUUAGUUAUGAGCACAUAAAGUACGGAGGUAAAGUCGUUAUUGAUGCCCUAUUGAGACUUUUUAAUUUGAUUAUUGAGUCUGAAAAAAUUCCUGUCUGUUUCAAAUUGGCAAUUAAAAUCCCGAUCCCAAAAGGAAAUAAAAAAUCUCGAUCAUUUGACGACCAUCGAGGGAUAAGUUUACUACCGAGUAUAAAUAAAAUUCUUGAACGAAUUGUUUUAUCAAGACUACUAAAGGAACCGAAAUAUCUACAUCAUCCCCUCCAGGGGGGUUAUCAAAAGCAGCAAGAUGCUUUAACAACAUGUUUCACGAUUGAAGAAGUUAUUAAUCAAUGUUUGGAAGAAAAGGAAAAAGUCUAUGUUGCUUACAUGGACAUUAGCAAAGCUUUUGACACGAUGGGGAUCAAUUCUAUGCUUUUUAAAUUGUAUCAUAACAAAGGCAUCUGUGGUAAAGCUUGGCGACUUAUUAGAGAGUGGUAUAUUGAUAUGGCAGAGUUUGUGCGUAUUGAAGGGAAAAGUUCUCGAACAUACACUAUUCAACAAGGAACAAGGCAAGGGGGUGUUCUCUCGCCAUGGCUUUUCCUGGUUUCUAUUGAUGACCUGAUUGAGGAGUUGCAGUGUACGAACACUGGAAUUUUUCUGAAUAAUGUUUAUCUUGGAUCGCCUAUGUUUGCAGACGACUUGACUAUGCUUUCGCGAAAGAAAUCAGGGCUGGACAAAAUGUUACAGACUACGUGGGAAUAUAGUAACAAAUGGCAAUUCACGUUUAAUAUUAAGAAAACUGUUGUUCUAACUUAUGGUGAGAAGCAGGAAGAGCACGGUACAAAUUGUGCUAUUAGAAAAUGGAAACUUGGCUCACUGGAUAUAAGUGAAAAGGAUACAUGGUCAAAUUUGGGAAAAAUCUGGGAUAUAAACAAACAUUCUUCAGCAGCUGUUUUAGGCGCAGUUGGUAGAGGAAGGGAGGUAUGUUUCUUCCUAAUGAGUCUUGGAUCUCGGUAUGGUGGAUUGAAUCCCAUCAUUGCAUCCUAUCUUUGGAAGCGGAUUGGCAUUCCUAAAUUUCUUUACGGAUCCGAACUUUGGAAGUUGAGUAAAAACGAUCUUAUUGAGUUGGAACGGGUCCAAAAUAUUAUGCUUCGUAUUAUGCAGGGCCUUCUCCCUGGCACAUCUGGCUCGGCGGCAAGGGGACUCUUGGGAAUGUUAUCAAUCGAAGCCGAAAUUGAUAGGCGUAAACUUUAUUUCCUGGGAAGGCUGAUAAAUAUCAGUGCUGGUGUACUAUGCCGACGUGUUUUGUUGAUCAGAUUGGCUCGUUGGAAAUGGAACCAUAGAAACAACAUGACCGGCUUUGUACCGGACAUAGUGUGUGUUUUGACAAAAUAUGACCUUUUGGAUUAUUUGAUGGAAUUUGUCUCGACAAACUGUUUUCCGACGAAGAAGAAUUGGAAGAAAAUUGUUAACCUGCGUGUAUAUGAAAAAUACAAUUACGUUUGGCAAGAGAGAAUUAAAAGAAACAAACAGUUAUAUCUCUAUUCACAGGUCAAUACUAACAACGAAAUUUCUGAAUGGUGGCUUCUUGCAAGAGAGUAUCCCAAGAACCUUCUUGAAAUAACAAAUGUCAUAAGACUGCUAUGUGGAUCAUAUAAGAUCAGGGGGAAACGUGUUUGUAACCCAGUUGUAUACACAGACUUUUGCGAAAUAUGUCAAAAAAGUUAUGUUAACCCUGUAAAUCACGCCUUGUUGUACUGUUUAGCCUCACACAAUGAGAGGGAAAACCUGUGGAAUUGGAUAGUGGAUAAUUGUGAAAUUGAACCAACAGUAAAUUUAGUAGCCUUAUCUGACUCAGAUUUUAUAUUGACUAUAUUAGGACAAAAUAGAGAGACAUUGGGCUUAGACAACGAACAGAGAAAAGCAUUUUUGCUAAAAUCGGCAAACUAUAUUUCAUAUUGCUUUAAUAGAACCGUUAUUUCAAUAUAA